AACAGAAAAGAACGCCGCGCCGCCGCAAAAGAAUCUGGCAAACAUCCAUCAACAGCAACCAUCAACGCCGCUGGAAACAUCCCAAUGGCAUUCCCCGACAGAUCUGGCCCAAAAGGAAAAACACUUCUGGAUAUUGCCGACGAACGAACUGCUGCUCUUCAAGGCAUGAUGGCAUCCGGCCAGCCCUUCGAAAAAUCCCUCGGCGAUGGUCUAGCCCGAGAUGAAAAUGGACGGGUACUGUUACCAGCCAAAGACAGCAAUGACGAUGAUUUUGUUAUUGGGCCCGGAGGCGAAGCUUUCUUCUUGUGCACGAGUUUGACUAUGGUCCAUUUUACUUUGGAUGUGUUGGUGUUCAACCAGUAUGCGCAGGAGAUUGAUUGGCCUGCUAUCAUCCAGCGCUCGAUUAUCGCAUAUCCAAUCCUGUUUUUCAUCGUCUAUAUGAUGAAACUUGAGAUGGCGAAUCGCUUCCAAACGUUGAGACAAUUGUUCUGUUUGGCUGUUGCCAUUGCUUCAGGUUGUUAUAUGAUAUAUGCUGGCAACACAUACGACUACUUUGCAGUUAUGAAACAGGCACCUCCGUUGGGUACACUAUGGAUCUGGAGUGUUAUUGAGAUGAAGUUGAGUUAUGCUCUUGUGAGUAUCGUGGUGGAUGUUGGUUUCUUGUUCUGGAACGGGUACACUGUAUUCUAA